ACAAACAGACAAAAUAGAAAUCUCAGGAAGUCUGAUCAGAUAUCGGCAACGUUAUCCCUAUUCCCAAACACGUCCCUUCCAAAGUCCGGGUGCUUCAACAACAGAGGGGAAGAACGAUGGCUACAGCCAUGAUAAGGGGAGCCACAAGGUUUCAAGUGAUCAAUGCGACGUCGUCUUCUUCUCCAGGCAACGGCAGAAGCAGCAGUGGACGGAAGCUCAUCGAGUCCGGCACCGUCAGGGCGAUACAACCGAGCGAAGCUUGCAAGGCGAUGAGCACAGAGGGGUUUGUGCUGCUAGACGUGAGGCCAGUGUGGGAGAGGGAGAAAGCACGUGCCAAAGAGUCAGUGCACGUGCCAAUCUUCGUGGAAGACAAGGAUGGGGGUGUUGUGACUCUGUUGAAGAAGUGGGUUCACUUUGGUUAUAUUGGGUUGUGGACAGGACAGUACCUCACUGCUAUCAACCCUGAUUUCCUUGCUCAAGUGGAAUUGGCCAUUCCAAUUAAGGACACCAGCAUUCUCGUGGCCUGUGGUGAAGGUCUCAGGUCAAUGAUAGCAGUGUCAAAACUGUAUGAAGGAAGUUAUAGGAAUCUGGGAUGGCUUGUUGGAGGCUUUAACCGUUCUAAAGAUGAAGACUUCCCAGGAGUAGAAGGACAAGAAAAGUUGCAGUAUGCUACUGUAGGAGGAGUCUCCUACUACUUUCUUCAGCUGCUCUUAUUUCUACAGGCCGUAAGUAAAGGAUGAAUCACCAUAUUUUUUCAUAACAUGUAUUCAAGCUUGUCUAGAAACGUUUGUGGCAAUUCCAUGAAAAAUAGGCCUUCUUUUUUAUGCUA